AUGUGCGCGGCGAUCGACAUGCUCGCCUCGGAGCCCUACUACGGCCGCCCCGCGGGCUUCGUCGAAUAUGCGCGGCUGCCGACGAAGGCGCCCACGCCGAGGCAGCCCUUCAAGCCGCUGCAGCUCACGCUCAGGGCGCCCCGCUCCUGCCUCCGGGCGCCCGACGAGAGGAAGCAGAAGCGCGUGGUCUUCGCGGACGCGCGCGGCCUGGCUCUGGAGCAGGUCAAGUUCAUGACCGAGCCGUCGCACCUGCCGCCCGCGUGGACCCUACGCCUCGCGCAGCCCCAACCCCAACUGCCCAAACAGCCCCAGCCGGACCCCUGGGUGGCGCGCUUCGCCCAGCCGGCGGCGGACUACGUGGCAUUCAGGCGGCGGGUGACGGAGUGCCACGUCGCGCUGGAGAACGUGAUCAUACGCCAGCGGGAGCGCGCCGCGGACGGCACCGUCAAGGUGGCCAACCUGGCCUUCGCCAAGGAGGUGUUCGUCAGGUGCUCGGCGGACGGCUGGGCCACCCACGAGGACACUUACUGCGCGCACUCGGGCUCCGCCCCCGCCCGGCCCGGCGCCCCGCCCGCCCACGACACCUUCGCGUUCCGCCUCCAGCUGCCGGUGCAUUCGAGGAGGCUGGACUUCUGCGUGGGCUUCCGCUGCGCAGGCGAGGAGUACUGGGACAGCAACGGCGGCGCCAACUACACGAUAGAGCGCGCCUCGGCCCGGAGCCAAGCGCCCUGCUGCGCCAGGAUCAGCGGCGGGAACGCGAGGACGGUCAACGAGGGCGGCGCGCCCUACUGG